UCUUGAAUCCGCCGCAGCCGUAGUGGGCGGUGAGGCGGAGGAGCAGUUUGAACAGAGUCGCUGUUGCCUAGGCGGAAACAUUGAAAUCCAAAUAACUUUUUACAAGCAGGCUGACACCAAACGGUGCGACUGUCCCUCAUAGACGCACAGUUUCUGUGUCCUAACCAGCCUUGGAGCGAAGGAGCCGGUGUGAGUUAUUUCAUUUACCGGCUCUGGGUGCGUGAAGCCGGGUGUUGCGCGAGCUCGGUCGCUCCCUCCUCCUGAGUUAAACUGCUAGCUAGCCACCGAGCUAACGUUACAGCUAGCCGUAACACGGAGCGAGCUAAUCUGCAGCACAAAGGACGACUUUGCCCGUGUUUGUCGCAUCGAUCCGGAUCGCUCCGUUGGAUGAGGCCAGAGGCUCGGGUGGAGGUGAAUCAUGGUGCUGACUGGGAAACGUUCGGAGAAAGGCCCCGCCUGCUGGAAGAGGAGGGUGAAGUCUGAGUACAUGAGGCUUCGGCAGCUGAAACGCUUCAGACGGGCCGACGAGGUCAAGAGCAUGUUCAACAGCAACCGUCAGAAAAUCAUGGAGCGAACUGACAUUUUGAACCAGGAGUGGAAAACCCGGCGAAUCCAGCCCGUUCACAUCAUGACGUCGGUCAGCUCCUUACGAGGGACUCGAGAGUGCACCGUGGAGAGCGGCUUCUCCGAGUUCCCUCGACAGGUCAUCCCCCUGAAGACUCUGAACGCCGUGGCCUCGGUCCCGGUCAUGUACUCCUGGUCGCCGCUACAGCAAAACUUCAUGGUGGAGGAUGAGACGGUGCUCCAUAACAUUCCCUACAUGGGAGACGAGAUCCUCGACCAGGACGGGACUUUCAUCGAAGAGCUCAUCAAGAACUAUGACGGCAAAGUCCACGGAGACAGAGAGUGUGGCUUCAUCAACGACGAGAUCUUCGUCGAGUUGGUGAACGCUCUGGCACAGUACAGUGACAACGAGGAGGAUGAGGAGGAGGAAGAGCAGGACUUUAAAGUGGACAAGAUGGACAUGUGUGAUGGCAAAGAGCACCCAGAGGACCCCCGCAAGGACGGGCUUGUUAACAAUGAGAGCCGAACCAACAAUGACACCAGCAAGAAGUUUCCCUCUGACAAGAUCUUUGAGGCCAUCUCCUCCAUGUUCCCCGACAAGGGCUCCCCCGAGGAGCUCAAAGAAAAGUCAGUGGGCCGAACCAACAAUGACACCAGCAAGAAGUUUCCCUCUGACAAGAUCUUUGAGGCCAUCUCCUCCAUGUUCCCCGACAAGGGCUCCCCCGAGGAGCUCAAAGAGAAGUCACGCGAGCAGAGCCUGCACUCCUUCCACACUCUGUUCUGCAGACGAUGCUUCAAAUACGACUGCUUCCUCCACCCUUUCCAUGCAACUCCCAACACGUACAAGCGGAAGAACUUGGAGAACCUGGUGGACAAAACCCCGUGUGGCGUUGACUGCUACAUGGACGUGGUGCAGGACGGCAUGAUGAGGGAGUACGCCGCAGGUGUGGGAACCGAGCGGGCAAAGACGCCCUCCAAGCGUAACGGGGGCCGGCGCCGCGGUCGGCUGCCCAACAGCAACAGUAACAGCCGGCCCGGCACUCCCACGGUGUCCUCUGAAACCAAAGACACGGACAGCGACCGCGAGGGCAGCAAAGAGGACGAGCGAGACAACGACAAAGACGACGAGGACAAGAAGGACGAGACCACCAGCAGCUCAGAGGGAAACUCGCGGUGUCAGACUCCCGUGAAGAUGAAGCUGUCCAGUGAGGCUGAAGCGGUGGAGUGGAGCGGCGCCGAGGCGUCUCUCUUCAGAGUCCUCAUCGGGACGUACUACGACAACUACUGCGCCAUCGCGCGGCUCAUCGGCACCAAGACCUGCAGACAGAUCAUCUCUCAGGACGAAGCCGACCGCAGAGGGAAAGUCUACGACAAAUACAUGUGCAGCUUCCUGUUCAACCUGAACAACGACUUUGUUGUUGAUGCCACGAGGAAAGGCAACAAGAUCCGCUUCGCCAACCACUCGGUGAACCCGAACUGCUAUGCAAAAGUGAUGAUGGUGAACGGCGAUCACAGGAUCGGGAUCUUUGCCAAGAGAGCCAUCCAGACCGGAGAGGAGCUCUUCUUCGACUACAGGUACAGCCAGGCCGACGCUCUGAAGUACGUCGGGAUCGAGCGCGAGAUGGAGAUCGCCUGACCGGGACUUCCUGUGUUUUUCAGUGACACAAAGGCCUUACACACACAAACAAACAAACAAAAAAACACACCCUCACUUUCAGGAGACUCAGACGAUUCGUCACAACGCCACAAAAGCUUCAGGAAAAACAAACCGGGGAUAUUUGAAGCUGAUAUUUGUUGUUGUUUGAGUUUUUGAGAAACUUUUCACGUUUUUUAUGCUUUGAUUUGUCGACAAAUCUUCCUCUUUGGAUUCAUAAAUCUUCCCUCUGCUGUAAGCGCACCGACAAAAAAAUAUAUAAAUAUCUCUUAUCUGUCUCA